CGGUUGUGCAGUUAAUACUAAACACAAAUCUUGGAUAUUUAACAUGAACAUGCAAUGAUCAUCUACGAAAAAAGAUUUAUAUUUACGUGCAAAACCUGGCGUACGAAGUUUUGUGAUAUUGGGCCCAGAUAGGUAAAUAUGGCAUAAAUAUUUCCUGUCAGCCGAUGUUUUACACACACACUCGCACAAAGAACAAUCCUAUAUCGAGAACUGGCAACGAGUGAGAACACAGAUGGGCGUGAUCGUAUUCUAGUAUAAAUGUAUCCACUAAUAAUCUAAUACCAAUACAACUCAAUCAACACUGACGAGAUACACAGCCGAAUGCACUAAAGUGUCGCUCAAGACUAGACGACGGUUGAACGAUGUUGUCGCUGGUGCUGCUGCUGUGUUUGGUGUCCACCUCGCUGUCGCAGGAAGUUCUCCAGAAUGGUGACAUGGAGAGUGUAACGUCUGGAAUUCCAACAGGCUGGGGUUGUAACAAGUGUGUAUCGUCUGCUACUAACAUGUCACACAGUGGGCAGUCCGCUCUCCUGCCUAGCGGAAGGACUGCCCGGUGGCAAGGACCGUCUCAUAAAAUAGAUGUUGAACCCGGCAAGUUCUACAAAGCCUCCCUCUGGGUUCGUCUUGUUAACGACGUAUCCGGCGAGAUGUUCCAGAGCGCGAAGAUCGUAAUCAACGUCGGACUCCUUGACGGAACGAAGACACGCCUGACGGUCGCCAGAGAUAGAAGGAUCCGUGUUGAAGAUGGAUGGAUUCAAAUGAAAGGAGACUUCACUGUUCCCAGUAAUGCCAAGACAACAGCGAAAAUAACAGUAAACGACUUCCUUCCCGGCGUCGACUUCCUCGUGGACGACGUGUCCGUACAGCAGUUGGUGGAGUGGACCACCUGGCGACAAGACACCGACGUCAGCAUCACCAGUCUGAGAACCAGUAAAAUAAAUGUUAACGUGACACUUCCUGAUAACAUUGAUAGAAGCGAUGUCAGAGUUGUAAUUCUCCAGAAAAAGAAAUCCUAUCCUUUUGGGAUGGCCAUUAACAGUGACGAGUACACCCAGGGAGAACCGAAAUAUCGAGAUUUUGUCAACCAGCACUUCAACUGGGCCGUGACGAAAAACUCACUGAAGUGGAAAAUCAUGGAGCGUAAACAGGGUGAGCGUAACUAUGACAGAGCCUUCAUUCCCAUCAACACUCUCAAAAGUCAUGGAAUCAAAGUUCGCGGUCACAACAUCGUGUGGGGGACGACAGACCAGCACGUACCGGACUGGGUGAAACCUCUGUACGGGGACGACCUCAGGCAGGCCGUCACGACUCGAGUCACCGAUAUCGUGUCUAAGACUAGAGACAUGGUGGAACACUGGGAUGUAAACAACGAGAUCCUCCACGGUUACUUCUUCGAGAAACGUGUAAACAACGCCAACUACAGCCUCGACAUCUUCAGCCUAGCGCACCAAACCGCACCCAAUGUGAAGAUGUUCCUCAACGACUACAACGUACUUUCUAAAAGCUAUUCCACAGGGGCCUACGUCACGCAAGCUCUUCAGUUCCAGGCGGCGGGUGUUGGACUCUACGGGAUUGGUGCCCAAUGUCACUUCAACGACGGGACGAUUCCUAGUCCCACUAUUCUAAAGGCUCGAUUAGACACCCUAGCCGAGGUUGGUCUUCCUAUCUGGGUGACGGAACUGAGCAUCGUGAGCGACAACUACACCAAACUAGCGGACAUGUUCGAGACGGUACUGCGCGUGCUGUACGCACACCCUGCAGUGGAGGGGAUCAUGUUCUGGGGCUUCUGGGGGCCGAUCCAUGGUUACGGAGAACAAGCGGCUCUAGUGUCUGGACCAGAGUUCACGAUCAACGCCGCUGGUGAGCGCGUCCUAGAUCUGUUUGAAAACCAGUGGAUGACCAGAAAGUACCGCAAGUUGUCCCUGUUUGGAGAUCAGUUUUCUGUUGAUGGUUUCCAUGGUGAUUAUCUGGUCAAAGUGACGUACCAGGGUCAGGAACUGGUCGACAAGAGAACAACGUUUACGUUGGGGUCGUCUCCACACACAGUGACGUUGUCUGUACCAUAGAAUUGUACUGAGUCUGAAAACGUGAUGUAGAAGCACUAAACAAUAAAAUGAUCGAAACAU